GGACGCCUCCCACGUGACGUUAGACGUUACUACGUGUGACGUUGCUUCGUGUGGCGUCGCAAAGACAAAGGCACAUUGUGUGUCCCGCCAUUACCGCGCCCAGCAGCAGCAGCCCGGACAGCAGGCAGCGGGGAGACGGGUCACACUGAGCAUUGCCGUGAUCGCUCUGUCGUCCAGGCUACGUUGUGUGCAGUUGGUGAGAGGUAGCGCCGCCGAGUCGGAAGAGGAUCUCCAGACUGGAGUCGCGAACGAGCUUCGGAUCCCGCGCCCCAUUUGAGACCGCCAUGCAUCGUGACUCCUGCCCGCUGGACUGCAAAGUCUAUGUCGGGAAUCUGGGUAACAAUGGCAACAAGACUGAAUUGGAGCGGUCAUUCGGCUACUACGGACCCUUGCGCAGCGUGUGGGUGGCCAGGAACCCCCCUGGCUUUGCGUUCGUAGAAUUUGAGGACCCCAGAGAUGCCGCAGAUGCAGUGAGAGAAUUGGAUGGACGAACUUUGUGUGGGUGUCGCGUCAGCGUGGAACUAUCUAAUGGUGAGAAACGAAGCCGUAAUCGUGGACCUCCGCCGUCGUGGAACAGGCGACCUAGGGAUGACUAUCGCAGGAGAAGCCCCCCGCCUAGGCGCAGAUCACCCAGGAGAAGGAGCUUUUCCCGUAGCCGUAGUAGGUCCCUUUCUAGAGAUCGCAGGAGGGAGAGAUCAGUGUCCAGAGAGAGGAACCUUAAACCCGCUCGUUCCUUUUCUAGAUCAAGAAGCCGCUCAAGGUCAACCGAGAGAAAAUAGUCCGGCUAUCUUCAGCAGUGCACAGAGGACGUUGAAUAUUUUUCUUUAGUUUUGUCAUGAUGCUUUUUAAAUAUUUUGUUCAUUGGGUGGUUGUGUUUUUUUUUUUUUUUUUUGUAGUUUGUCCUGUAAGUAGUGUUGGAAAUGUUUUGUUCUGGUUCCGUACAGGCAGACUGGUAAAUAAACUGCUGACUUUGUAAAUAAUUUUUUCCUAUCGCAUUGUUUCAGGCAUGACCAAACCUUUUUUGAAGGGCUAUCGAGCUUUAAUCUUUAUGGGGAAAACAUCAGCCUCGUGUAACAGCCGAAUCUUCUGCAUUCUGUUUAAUCUUUUCAAAUGUCUGGAGGAUGCACUGAGGUUUUCUACUACAUAUCUGGUUUGUGGGGGGAUUGGGGGAAUUAUCUCUCGCAGCUAGCUGCAAACGUAACACAUUAUUUAUAUUCAUGUUUCUGUUAAGAUUGGGAAGUUGAUGUGCUGGGAUGGUCUUGGGAGGACGUAUUGACCUAUAACCUCAUCCAUUUCUCAGUGAUAAGCUGCCACCGCAUUCCAGGCCUCAAACUCGCAGCUUAAAAUGUAAUUGUAACAUUGUGGCGGAGACCUUCUUUUUUUAUUUUUUAUCAGUGACCGAUGUGUAUUGAAACGGUAAAAUAUCCUGGUGAGACUUGGUGGUACACAUUGCCACGGCACAACGCAUCGGGUCCCUUUUGUAGGGAAUUGCUGCAGACCCCAAGGCGUAAGAUUAUUGACCUCUGCGGAGCGCCCUCCACUUCCGAGAUUGGAGUAUAUGGGAUUAAUUCAUAAAGCGUGGAGGAGUUGCCCAUGACAACCAAUUGGCUGCUUUGUAUGAUUUUAUAGAAUGCACUUGAUAAAUGUUACAACAAUGCUGAUUGGUUGACACGGGCAACUUCUUCACACUCUCACUGCUUCAUGAAUCGGCAGGUUACACUCGGCAGUCACCUGUACGUACAUCUUUCUGUUCCCCCAUAGAGUGAGGUUGUGUUGCGCUGUACAUAGUUCCAUGUUACUUGGAACGUUGCGUCACUGAAAGGCUCUGUGCCAUUGCUGAUGUAAAGUUGUUUUUCUUUUGUUUGUGUAAGUGACUUUAAUCCUGUGACUUAUGUUUUGGGGGGAUUAAAGUUGGGUUAAAUAAA